UUGAGACUCUGACCGCGGGUUCAAACCCCAUCCGUGGUAUGGUUUAGAUAACUUAUUAGUUAUAAAGGUUCCAAGAUUCUUUAACUUGCUCCUUUCAAAGGUAGAAGGAAUUACUACAAGACCAGUGUCCUUACAAAGAAACUUCAAAACUUUCUCCAAACAAUUCUUUAUCAGCCGGCUGUAGUACCUACAUCAAACUGCUUACAGUGAACGCAGACAGCCUGAGUGACCAAACCUUCAAACAAAAGGUCUGGUCUGAGACCGAACAGGCAAGCGAUGAUCCCCGGAACCAUAAGUAAGUUCAGCAAGUUCCCAUUCAUAACAUUGCUAGAGUCGAGGUAGCCGACCCUAGCAAAGUGGCUGAUGGACUGACCCAACACAUCAGUUUUGUCUCUUAGAAACUGCAUUUAUCUCUUGAUGUUUACUGUGAACACUGUAACAAUCCGUUUACGCUCUACAAAGGUUUAUUAUCACUGGCCGAUUCCCACCAAGGCAGGGUGGCCCGAAAAACAAAAACUUUCACCAUCAUUCACUCCAUCACUGUCUUGCCAGAAGGGUGCUUUACACUACAGUUUUUAAACUGCAACAUUAACACCCCUCCUUCAGAGUGCAGGCACUGUAUUUCCCAUCUCCAGGACUCAAGUCCGGUCUGCCGGUUUCCCUGAACCCCUUCAUAAAUGUUACUUUACUCACACUCCAACAGCACGUCAAGUAUUAAAAACCAUUUGUCUCCAUUCACUCCUAUCAUUAACGCUCACGCAUGCCUGCUCGAAGUCCAAGCCCCUCGCACACAAAACCUCCUUUACCCCCUCCCUCCAACCUUUCCUAGGCCGACCCCUACCCCGCCUUCCUUCCACUACAGACUGAUACACUCUUGAAGUCAUUCUGUUUCGCUCCAUUCUCUCUACAUGUCCGAACCACCUCAACAACCCUUCCUCAGCCCUCUGGACAACAGUUUUGGUAAUCCCGCACCUCCUCCUAACUUCCAAACUACGAAUUCUCUGCAUUAUAUUCACACCACACAUUGCCCUCAGACAUGACAUCUCCACUGCCUCCAGCCUUCUUCUCGCUGCAACAUUUAUCACCCAUGCUUCACACCCAUAUAAGAGCGUUGGUAAAACUAUACUCUCAUACAUUCCCCUCUUUGCCUCCAAGGACAAAGUUCUUUGUCUCCACAGACUCCUAAGUGCACCACUCACCCUUUUCCCCUCAUCAAUUCUAUGAUUCACCUCAUCUUUCAUAGACCCAUCCGCUGACACGUCCACGUCCCAAAUAUCUGAAUACAUUCACCUCCUCCAUACUCUCUCCCUCCAAUCUGAUAUCCAAUCUUUCAUCACCUAAUCUCUACAAAGGUAUGUGUGUAUAAACCAUACCACGGGUGGGGUUUGAACCCGCGGUCAGAGAGUCUAAAAACUCCAGAUCGUCGCGUUAGCCACUGGACCAACUAGCCACUGGACCAACUAGCCACAAUAAGAUUCGUCCAACUAGGUAUAUUUCUACACCAUAGGAAGGUUAGCAUAGGCACUACUGUGACCACAAAUGCAAGUUUUUACAGACGAAUCUUCCUCUAGCAUGGCUGUGACGAACUCUAGCUCAAGUCCCCUCAAAGCCUUCAACAUGAGACUCUCUGACCGCGGGUUCAAACCCCACCCGUGGUAUGGUUUAUUUGCAAUCGUGUCAUUAUGAUUGCGUGAGUCGUAUUUGUGUAUUGUUGAGAUAAUAACGGACGUCAGCUGGACCAGUGUUUGCACGCUCCAUUGGUUCAUUGUUGAGGUGUCAACCUACAGCAAAUUAUAAGAGCAUAAGAAAGGGGCACUGCAGCAGGCCUACUGGCCCAUACUAGGCAGGUCCAAAUCACACCUGUCCAAGCUAGUCACGUCCAACUCACACCCACUCAUGUAUCUGUCUAACCUAUUUUUAAAUCAACAAAACGUUUUAGCUUCAAUGACGUUAUUCGGGAAUUUGUUCCACUCAUUCACAACUCUAUUACUACACAACCGCUUCUCAAUAGCCUCUCUAAAUCUAUUUUUUUCCAACUUAAUCCAUUGCUAAUGUGAGCAUUUGCAAUACGUUGUUUGCACCUUUAUUUAUUUCACCUUCCCCUGGCCUGGCAUUGUCUUCUCCAUCAGUGGAAUAAUAAGAACUAACAGACAUACACUUAUUCGCCUUCCCUUGGCCUUGAUUGUAUCUAUGGGGGAUCAGCUGCGUUCCUAUACUUCCCUCUCUAGCCUGGAUACCGUCCAACAUCAUAAUAUACGUUUGUGCCUAGAAGUCCUCUGGUUAUGCCGUCACCAGACUUCAUAGUAAAUCCGACUUGUACCAUUUGCAGGUGAAAUUCCUCAACAUUAAGAGAUCACUGCGACACUUAUUGUCUUUGAAUGUUUAUUUGCGUCCACGGUCUUCACGAUCACUUGGUCUACACACUCUUCACAGAUAUUAGCAAAUAAAAUUGUUUCCGUCAUCGUUCCUCUUUAUUAUUCAUUUAUAUUUCCUACCUAUUUUCUCCCUCAGUCUCUGUAAAGCCUAUCCCUGCUUCCUUUUCCAUUGGCUUCCUUUUCCAUUGGCUUCCUUUUCCAUUGGCUUCCUUUUCCAGUGGCUUCCUUUUCAAUUUUGAGCACAAGACUUGGUCCAUUCCAUUAAAAUCGCUCUUUAAUGGUCUUGAUUUGAAGAUGAAAAGCCGAAAGUCUGUUGCCAGCGUGUGUAUGCUGCUGCUAACUCUCCCAGUCGCAUUUUUAAAGAUUGAUUGCCCCAGUGUGUCAGUAUUUUUGCCGAGAUUAAUGCGUUUCUCGUUGCCGUUAUCAAUAUUGCCGUUAGCUUCCCAUUUUUUUCUGCCUUUGUGUGUCUCAAAAUAUUGAAAUCAAUUAAAUUAUCUUUUUCCAUUCGUCCCGUCCCUCUAUGCUUUGCAUUUAGCACUGACUACAUCGCAUCUUUAGUAGACACGAAACGAUUUACUCUUUCUGCAAUAAUUAAUCAUUCCACAGUGCUGAACUAUGAACACGUCAUGCCCACUACGUGUGCAGUUACCCUUUUCGACUAUUUACCAAUCAUAAACCAACUUCGGCAAGAUUGUUGGGAACAUCAUAGGUCGUGUUGACGACGAUGAAGCUGGUGGCUUUCAGGGGAGACUUCUUAAGCAGAAGAAAAAAACAAAGUAAGAAGAGUGAUAAUGAAAUUGUACCACAAAAGUACUUGGUGGACACCAUAAAGGCACUAAGAAGGUACUACAAGGAUACUAGAAGUGUACUACAUGGGCACUACAAGGGUACUACAAGGACACUACAAAGGUACUACAAGGACACCACAAAAGUAUAACAAAGACACUACAAGGACACUACAAAAGUACUAAAGGGCACUUCAUUGGUACCACAAGGACACUACAAAAGUGCCACAAGGACCCUACAUAGGUACUACAAGGACACUGCAAGGGUACUACAAGGGUACUACAAGGACACUACAAGGAUACUAAAAGGACACUACGUAGGUACUACAAGGACACUACAAGGGUACCAUAAGGAUACUACAAGAUACCAUGAAAAUAUUCCUGGGAUAAUUUUAAGACAGACCUAGGAUAAUUUUUAGACCUAGGGACCAUUAUAAGAUAGAUUUGGGAUAAUUUCAAAUUAAAUCUGGUUCAAAUGAAUGGCGACAUUCCAAAGGAAUGAAUCACAAGAUAUGUUCAGGUAUACACACCAGAGAUCUAUCAGCCUAAGUGGACAGCAUAUAAGAAAACAGAGGGGAAAACAUAUUAACAUUUCUCGUAUACAACAUAAUGGAUUACGUAUUUUCGAAUUAUGACAGCAGGAUAUACAACAUAGUUUAAAAUGAUGACAGUGGGUUAUUUAUAGCUAAUUUUUAAAUGAUUGGUGCAGUGAGUGUUGUUGUUGACCAGCCAAUCAGUCAGGCGCGCACACACACACAUAGAUACACACAGACAUACACAUACUGAACGAAAGGUAAUAACCAGUCAUUGCUUAUGCUUUUGUGAUGAUGGUUGUACUAGUAGUUGUGGUAGAGGUGGGGGUGGUGAUUCGGUGGUGAUGUUAGUGGUAGAUAUCAUGGUAGUAAUUAUGCUAGCCAAUUUAUUUGUUGUUGUUGUGGUGGUAGGAGUAGUUGGUAUAGUGGGGAUAUUGUGAUGAUAGUAAAAAUUAUUAUUUUAGGUAGUGGUGGUGGGGUAGGUGUGAAAGUAGUGGUGGUAGUGUUGCGCGAGGGGUGGUAAUGACAGCAGGUUGGUGUGAUCGGUUGGUUAAUUGGGAUUAAAAUCUAUCGAUUAGAUGAGUCAUUAAGGCUGCACCUAACCUGUUCACCACCAAUCAAGAACACUUCAACCCAUGAAACAGGUACUAGACUUUGUACAUGCCCUGAGAGGCAUACACCUUACGGUGUAUAUACCCUGCGUUGUGGUGGCUGUGGUACAGGUGGCAGUGAUAGCAGCGCCAAUGCAGAGGUUGGUGGCGAUGCGUGGAGGUGCGCUAGUUAGUGUGUAGUGAGCGCUGGUGGGGGAGGGAGAUGUGUUCGUGUUCUCUCUCAGUCUGCUCUCAGCCACCCAGCUGAGAACAACUUCACCCACUACCUCCAGUGGACACUAUUCCUUCUGCUGCUCCAAUGCACUAUUCAUCAUUACAACACAUGCUAAGACUCCACUGAUCCUGCGAGUGUAGUCCACCCCAGCACCCACCACCAUGGGCGUGGCUCACCCUCGCCCACAAGGGCUUAUGGAAGCGGAUGACUUGCAGGGCAGGGGAGUAGUUUAAAAGGGGUGUAAAGCGAGAGGCGGUGAGAUACGAGCAACAACAGGCGAGGAUAACAGAAGCGAGAAACAGAUGAGCUAUGGGACGCAACGCAUCCAUCCAAAUGUUCCUCCUGACCUUGACUGGAUGUUCAUGGAUGCUGCUCUUCCUCUCAGUCACACUGCCUGACUACCAUGUCUUCAGAGUGUACCACGUUGCUCAUGUGGCCGCCGCCCACACCCCAACACCUCGAGAGGCGGACCCCUGUGAGGUGUGCUGGGGUGUGGGCAAGACCUGUCCGCAGGGGCAAGGUGAAGACCAGGAGCACAUUUCCAGCACGACAGGAGACACCAGCUGGGGAGCUCAUCUGGCCUGGGCUCUGGGAGUAGCCACAAGGAACAAGGAUAAAGUUAGCUCAGCAGGAGGAGCAGAGAUGCAGGAGGUGGGCGGUGUUGCUGCCUUCUAUUACUACACACUCCACACCACCUUCACAGCUCUCAGGGUUAAGCUCAAGAAAGCACAAGAGGUUGCCGGGGACGUGCAGGAGGAGGUGGCUACCCUUGGGGAGAGGGUAGCCCACCUCCAACAUACACUGACCACGCACUUCUCACCACGCCUCAACCCCUACCUCCACAAGCCUUCCAUUACACAGCCGCCAGGCAGCAACGUAAACAAGAGAGACCAGAUCACCUCCACUCAGCCACGUAAACAGGAGGAGAUCGAAGACUCCAAGUCGGAAAUCAAAAACGAUGCCAGUGGUUCACACCGACGCAACGAAGAGUCUAUGCUUGAUGCUAGACACGAGAACAUCCGUCGCGUCUAUCCGGUCGAAAUAUCAGAGGAAGCGAGCCAAAGACAACAACUGGUGACGGCGAAUAACAAACACGAGAAAUUAAAAAAUAAUAACGUCGAUUUAUCUAUGUCCCGAUAUGCGCAGACUCUCAGCGCAAACCGAGCUCAGCUGAGCCAGUCUGGCAGCCGUGUUCGUGUUGACGCUAACACCUACACUGAAGAAACUGGACACAUACACACACCCAGAAUAUCACGAACUGGAAACAGGGAAAAGAUACAAACGAUUUUCUCCAGUGGCUUCCGUCAUCAGCUAAGUGUUAAUAAAACGAGUGAUUCGUCAAGACAGAGGACAAAGUUUGAGGAAGGAAGAGAGAUAUGGAGAAAGAUAAUGAAUGAGGGCAAGGGAGGAAGCAGUGGUCCACAGUGGGUAGUAGGAAUGACACAGACGAGUAAUGAAAAGUCUAAAGGAGCAGCUAAAUUAUAUUCAGACUUGGAUAGAGUGGGUGUACGUAGGUUGGUGUCGGUAGUGGUAAUGUGUGAUGAGCGGGAUGAGGUUAUUGCUAGCAUGGGUCGUAGCUACCCUGGGAUGACUGUACAUUUGAUAACCCGCACACCUGCCACCCCUGAGGUACAUCAGCACCUUCAUCUUGUGGUUCACAGUGUAGAGGCCAACACUAGCACCAGUGUGGCUUACAUGGAGGUGCUGAGGCACGUCACUACACCCUACCUGCUGGUGGCCACGGGUGUGUCGUCACUCACACCGCUGGCGCGACUAGAGCGGCUGGUGUGGACAGCAGAGCACCUGGGAGUGUGGGCAGUUGGGGGUGGGCUGGAGACUCCUUCAGGUCACUGGCACACAGGAUGCCUCACCUCUACUUACGCUCACUACCAGGCAGGCUGGGCACGGGGACAAUUGGGUACUGCUGAUCAAUGUUUAAUAUGCCAGGGACUAGAAGGGCCAUUUUUGGCACUUACCGCGGCCUUGCGGCACCUUGGCUGGGACACCAAACUACCCAGGCAAGUCUCUCAGGUGGAUCUGUUCCUGAGAGCAUCACACACUAACCACAUGCUGGCAGCGGCGUGUCCUAAAUCACUCUUUACUCUGAAAGAGGAGCUGGGGCCACCGUCACGAGUGGCCCUGCUGAGCCUGGCCCGCCGACACAGCCUGUACACUGUCGACGCUGCUGGGGCAGUGCGAGCAACCUUCUCCUGCAAGGAGGUGGGUACCAGCUGCGCCGACACCGGCCUGGCACUGCCUCCUUGUUGUCGUCAGGAACUAGCCACCCUCGUCCGCUUCCUGAUGGACACCUGCGAGGCUCACGGACUGCUGUGUGAGCUGCAGGAAGGCACGCUACUAGGAGCCGUCAAGACUAGCGGUGUGAUGCCCUGGGAAAGAGACGCUGAUAUAACCUUUCAUACCAAAAACUUCACUGCCCUGAGUGAGCUGAAGGAUGUGUUUGACCGUGCCGGAUACUCUCUUUAUCUCACAGACAACCGUUGGUGCUGUGUGGACGGGCGGUGGGCAGGAGGACAGGGGUCCCUCUCCAGCGGACAAUGGCGGGCCGAACUUUGGAGCCAGCACGCCAUGGACUCCGAGGAUAACCUCUUGGCAGGGAGACCACGAACCAGGAUAGAGUUUGAUGGGUCGUGGGUACCAGCACCCACCAGUCCUGGGCAGUAUGUGAGGAACCGCUAUGGCGUCGAAGUCUUCCGUCAUGCCCAACACUGGCUGGAUACAGGUCGCAGCUCAGGCUGGGAGGAGUACGAAGCUGGUAAGUUCCUGCCGUGUCCUCGCCCAGCCCACCACGCCUGCCUUGACAAAUACCUGCCUGACGGUAACCUCAAGCUCCACCCACUGUGUGUGACAUAACUCAACGCUGGAGUGACCUGACAAGCUAUUGGUUCCUUAGUGAAUGAGCUGACGGUGCUUGACGUAACUCGUCGCUGAAGUGAGCUGAUGGAUGGUUGGUUCCUCCUUUUUGUGACGUAACUCAUCGCUGUGGUCAGCUGACGAGUGAUUGGCUCUUCCGUGUAUGACGUAACUCACCGAUGGAGUGAGCUGACGGAUGACUGGUUCCUCUGUAUAAGACGGAGGUGCACGAAUGGCAUCGAAUUUCGCAACACACUAAAUCAGUGUGGGUCAUGCAUCAAAAAGGAGUGGUGGAAGCUCACUCCUCCGUCCGUCAGACUGUUGGAUGAUGUGCACCAGAAAUACAUUUAUGGGGAUAUGUGACGUUAUUUGUGUCUUAAAGUGGUUAAAAGUAUUUUACGUGCCAUUAAAGCUCAACCACCCAUGUUUGUAGUGGCAGCAUAACACAGACAUGAUAAUCUCCGCUUCAGCGUGCUGGAUGGCAGGUACUGCUUAAACGUAUGGUAGACACACAUGCAUAGCUUUAUUAGAGACAAUGUCUAGCUCUGGGAAGAGCUUUAUUUAGUCAUGACUUGCUAAAGCUCUCCCCAGAAAGAAGCGGCUCCCUACCAUACGUUUGCGAGUGCUUAAGAAGUCAUUCAGCAGGUGAUAGUGACUUUUACCUGAUAUGACUGACAGUUACAAAAUGAUCAUUACAUGCUUCUACUCUGAUUUUUCUCUCAUAUUUAAGGUAAGUAAACUAGUGUGAGAGUUUGCUUACUAACUCCGCCCUCUAAUCGUUGAGCGCCUAGAAAUCGGUCUAGGUUCGGGGACUUCUAAUUCCGCCCCUCAUUAACCUUAGAUAAUUAGAGUACAAGAAGACUGCUGUUAUAUGCUGGUCAUGUAAGUCCCCUGUAGGGAUAGAAACACAGCUGUAGAGAGUUAAGAGAUUCUUAGAAAUACUUAGAUAUACAACAGCCUACAGCAAACUUAGUUCCUUAAGCUUAUUCUAACAUGCAUUUUCACUACAUUAUGCAUGAUCCAUGCAAUAUACAUUAUCAAUUUAUGAAAAGCAAUAGGGACCAGCAUCGCUCUUUAUACUCCUAAAUAUGUAGGCAAAGGAGUUGCCUUAGCAGAAUCCUUUGUCUCCUAUUACUAGUGGGAGGACUGUAGGAUACCCAUUAGUGGUGGCACUGUAGGAUACACACUAGUGGUGGCACUGUACGAUACCCACUAGUGGUGGCACUGUAGGAUACCCAUUAGUCGUGGGAUGGUAAGAUACCCACCAGGGCUAAGCCUGUAGGAUACCCACCAGGGGUAGGCCUGUAGGAUACCCACCAGGGAUAGACCUGUAGGAUACCCACCAGGGGUAAGCCUGUAGGAUACCCACCAGGGGUAAGCCUGUAGGAUACCCACCAGUGGUAGGCCUGUAGGAUACCUACUAGUGACAGGACUGUAAGGUACCCACUGGUGGUAUUACAAUUGUACCCACUAGUGAGACUAGGACACCUCUGGUAAGACUGUAGGAUACCCACUGGUGGUCAGACUAGGCUACCCCACUAGUGGUAGGACUAUAAGGUAGGAUGCCCACUAGGACUAUAAGAUAGUGGUAGGACUGUAGGAUACCCGCUAGUACAAUAAAAUACCUACUAGUGUAUGGUUGUAGGAAACCCCAUAGUGCUGUAGAAUACUUACUAGAACUGUAGGAUGCCCUCUAGAGCCUUAGAAUACCCACUAGAGAUGUGCAUACCGUCCACAUACCAUUAAACUAGUUCCACCUCCCAUGAUUCUGACAACAAUAAAGGUGCUAGUUAGCUCUGCCUCCCUUGCUGGGGAUGCGAGCAACAAUACGUGCUCUGCUACCAGAAGUUGGUGGCAAAAGGGAGUCGAAUCGUAGUCGAGAUGCUAUCCUAAUCUCCUCAAAAUGUAUGGAGAAAUGUGCCACAGUAGUCCUUGAGAUAAUCUCUCAUUAGUAAUAUUUUGUAGAUAAGAGACGAAUAUUUCCUGUCAAGUGCUCCAUGCAAAGUCCAUCGUUAUGUACUACUUUGUAAUGUUUACGAAGUAUGUUCAUCAUCCUUAUUAGUAUUUCACAAUAACGGAAAAAAAAUAAUGUAAAUUGUGGAAAACCACUAUAAACAAAAGCUAUUCAGUAGUAUCAUUAAGCACCUCAUGUUGUGUCUUCAACCGAAGAGGCAAUGUGAUGUGCGGUUAUUACGCCAGUUCCUGAUAUUUGUUAGUUGUGGCUUUCUAUCAUAAAUUUAGUUUCUUUGCGCGAGAAAGAUAAUGGCAUGUACCAUUAAACACACACAGGAAGCACUGCAAAACUUGGAUCCAAAUGUCGAACUGCAGACAAUAGGGAAGAACAGACAAGCGUUGCAGGACAAGCUUAGAUUGUGUCAACGACUGGCUUAAGCGUGAGCGUGACGAAUUGCUCUGUUCGUGGGAAUGUGACGCCUCGCUCUUUGUUCGUGUGAAUGUGACGCCUCGCUCUCUGUUCGUGUGAAAGCGAAGCCUCGCUUUCUGUUCCUGUGAAUGUGAAGCCUCGCUCUUUGUUCAUGUCAAUGUGAAGCCUUGCUCUCUGUUCAUGUCAAUGUGAAGCCUCGCUCUUUGUUCGUGUGAAUGUCGUCUUCUUACCCGCUCGUCCCUGCACAGCUCUCUGAGAACACCUCCUGAAACGACCUUCCAAGAGUGAGUGACCAAGCCAAUCUAAACACAACUUAGUGACCUGAUAUUCCUACACUGAGCGAAACGUCGUCCCAAUAAAAGUUUGCCCUGCAGCUUGUCUCUUCUUCACAACACCACUUUCCAUAUUUUUAGUUUCUCAGACAAAUACUCACAGCAGACAUAACAUCAUAAAUUUUUCACUAGUGUUUUAAUUGUGAAGGAGGAGAUUCUCCUUAUUAACCUUGAAAAUUGGUUAUAACUAUGACCAUAAUAUUUAAUGGGGUGAGCAUUUAAGCCAGCAGAAGGCCUCGAUCAGAUGACCAAAAGCUCCAACGGCGGGCCAUCAUCUAAGACCCGCUUCAGGAAACACUUGUUCUGUUUUCUGACGAACAUAACCUAACCUUGUUAACCUCCCCCUCCCUUUUAAUCCCCAAAAUUCGUGUACCAUAUAUAUAAAAUUUGGAGACGACAGAAA